AUGCCUGAAACGGCAGCGGCAGUAGCGACAAGGUCCGUAGAGUCGCCGGGGCUGUGGGAGACACAGCUUCCGUACGGCGAAGGUGUCUUCCAGCUGCUGUAUAUAUUAAGUGCAGCCAUCGUCAUUGGGAACUACUUGCUGCACAGCGAGAUAUUCCUGCUUACGGCUGGCGUCAUGGACCACUGGUGCAGAAGGUCCGAUUCCUUCGCGAACCUCAGCGUCGACCAGUGGAAGCAGUUGGCCAUACCAGUGGACGAGAACGAUAUUAUUAUUAACGGCGAGUACAGCCACUGCACGAUUCGCGAGCCGCCAGACGGAGGCACCGAGGCGCGGGUCGUUCGCUGCUCGUCGUGGGAGUACGACUACACCCAAUACGGGGACAACAUCGUCAGCGCUUGGAACUUGGUGUGCGACCGGCACUGGCUCAUCGAAUUUGUGAGGAUCGUGUACGCGGCUGCUAGCGUGAUCCCGUUAGUCGCAGCUGCUUCGUUCGUGGACAGCAUCGGUCGCCGGACGGCGCUCUUCAUCACCAUUCCCGUGGUCCUCAUGUCGGCCGUUGCAAGUGCCAUGCCGAACGAUUUGCAGUUCUUCAUGAUCGUGCGCGCCAUCGUCUCCGCUUCGACAAGUGCUUUGGUGCCCCCUGCGCUUGCCUUGGUUUCCGAUGUGUCAACGAUGCAGAAGUUUCCGGCACACAUAGUCGCGGUCUCGUUGCUGCCUUUUGUCCUAAUGCCUCUUACGAUGUUCGCCGCUUAUCUAGCUAGGACGGGGUGGGUUGCCGUGCAGCUGAUACUGAUGAUUCCGACGUGUCUGCUCCUGGUGCUCUACUACGCCGUCAGCGAAUCUCCCAUAUGGCUUCUGGCGACCGGCCAUGUGAAGGAAGCCGAGCGAGUCGCUUUGCGUGCAGCGAAGAUGAACAACGUCUCGGCCGAGACACGCUUCUGA